UUUUUUUUUUAUUGUAUUUUUUAAUUUAACUAGGUAUGUCGGUUAAGAACGUUUUAUUAUUUGCAAUGACUGACUAGGAACCAUAGGUUAACUUUUCCUAGGGGCAGAAAGGGGAUAUUUGUACCUUGUCAGCUCGAGAAUUCGAUCUAGCAACCUUUUGAUUACUAGUCCAGUAGCGCUCUAAAUACUACCUGCCGCCCACUAGCCGCAAUCAAGUGCUAGUCGAAACUAGGAAACUCGGAAAUGUUCGACUUGCUAACUGGUUGUAGUUAUUCACGUGCCGCGUUCAACAAAUGAGCAGAUCGAAAUUUCCGAGUUUCCUAGUUCCGACUAGCACGUGAACAUAGCCCCUCUGCCCUUUCUCGCUCCACUCUCCCACCCCAUGCUUAUGCUCCAGCUGCUAGCUGGUGUCUGUAGCUGACUCCCCUCACUGGCACACAUAUUCAAUGUACAGGUAGCUUAGACCAUGACAGGCAUCGCCGCUGCCUCCUUCUUCUCUAACAUUUGUAGGUUCGGUGGUUGCGGACUCCACUUCGAAUCGUUGGCCGAACUCAUCGUGCACAUUGAGGAUAACCACAUCGACACAGAUCCUCGUCAGUUGGAGAAGCAGGAGCAGCAGCAGCCCACCUAUGUUGCCCUCAGCUACAUCAACAGGUUUAUGACAGAGGCAGCGCGUCGGGAGCAGCCUGAGAGGCUGAAGAGGAAGGUGCACCCCAAGCUGUCUCAGUCUCUGACAGGCAGUCUGCCUCGUAGCAGUGACGUCUCCACUCCUCCCAGACGCAGCAGUGGGAACCUCACCCCUCCCAUCACACCCUCCUCCUCCUUCCGUAGCAGCACUCCUACAGGCAGUGAGUAUGAUGAAGAGGAGGUGGACUAUGAGGAGUCAGACAGUGGUGAGUCCUGGACCACAGAGAGUGCCAUCAGCUCAGAGUCUAUCCUCAGCUCCAUGUGUAUGAAUGGAGGAGAGGAGAAACCCUUCGCCUGCCCUGUGCCUGGCUGCAAGAAGCGAUACAAGAAUGUGAACGGGAUCAAGUACCACGCCAAGAACGGCCACCGGACACAGGUCCACAUCCGCAAGCCCUUCAAGUGCCGCUGUGGGAAGAGCUACAAGACGUCCCAGGGCCUGAGGCACCACACCAUCAACUUCCACCCGCCAGUCUCCACCCACAUCCACCUGCCAGUCUCCGCCCACAUCCACCCGCCAGUCUCCACCCACAUCCACAAGAUGCAGCAGUAGCACCGUCCCCACAGAAAUAGAAUCCCUUGAACAUCAUCCUGUUCUAGUGAUUCUGUUUCUAUGGACCCAGUACUCUACUCUUUUAUUGCAUGCUUUAAAAUCACCUUAUUUGUAUAGAUAUAUUUUUUUAUUUUUUAUUUUUUGGAAUGUAUUUUCUUCACAGCUGUUUACUUUGUCACCAUUGAGCGAUCAUGUGUCUUUUUGAUAAUGUUUUUGGCACAUGGGGCUUGCUGUUAAGAUGAUGAUGCGUUUGAAAGAGCUCGUAUUGCCACGUUCAAAACACCUCGGAACUCUCCCAGGGAUCUUUUCUUUUUAUGACUGGGAAUUCCGAACGGUCAUCCAACUCGGAAACUCUGGCAUCUUUCUAGAGCUCUGACUUUCCGACCUGAAAAUCACUGACAUCAUGAUUUGAUCAGUUUUUUUCCCUGCGAGUUCCCAAUGGUCUUGACAUCACCAUGAGUCGAGGUUCACAGCCAUGCUUCUGGGCUGUUCGCCAGAGCAAAACAUUUACAUACAGAUAUGUUGUGUACGUUGCAACCCAAUGAAUUUGACUUGAGUGUUCAGGUAAUGCUGUGUUUGAAAAGAAGAGGCAUGAGAGUGGUGAGGCCAGGGGAGAAAGCAAGCAUCACCACCACACCAUCACAAAAUCUGAAUGUUUGUCAAAGAUGACGAUAUAUUCCUGAAAGAUGUAUAAACUUUCAUAAUCAGGUGUGAAAUAGUAAGCUCUUAUAUUUUUCGUGUCCUGUUCUGAAAGUGUAUUUUUAUGAUUCACUUUGCCAGGAUUUUCACUUGUUUUGUGUUUUAGAACUAAAAGACUCAGGUGACAAUUCACCACAAGCAUUUCAGCACCACAAUCCUGCCUGUGUGUUCUGAUAGGAUGCGUCCCAAACGGCACCGUAUUCCCUAUAUAGCGCACUACUUUUGACUAGAGCCAUGUGGGUCCAGGUCAAACAAAAGUAGUGCACUAUAUAGGGAGCCAUUUGGGAAACACAAAGUAUUUUAGAGUCAGCUGUUAUGCUGUUCACUGGAAUCUUGGGAUUGGGUGUCACAGCAGUCCCAGUUAUCCAGAACCCUUCCAUUCUAGGGUGCUGAGCAGUUAUCCUCUUCGCCAAAGCCGGGUGAAGCAUUUAAGCACUUUGUAGUAACCAGUUGCCAAUAACUCUGCUGCUGCACACACCAACCUGACAUGUAGCAGUCACAGGAACUAGAGAGAGCCAGACUGGAAGUACUCCACCUCUCUGCUGCACACACCAACCUGACAUGUAGCAGUCACAGGAACUAGAGAGAGCCAGACUGGAAGUACUCCACCUUUCCAAGGAGUUUUCCAUUUGUUCAGGUCUCCAGUGUUUCCUGGGUUGAGAUUAUGUAUCUGGUUGCCUUGAAUUGUAGACCACAAGAUUGAGUUCCAAUCCCGUAAGUAUCUGUGUAUAGCUUCAGGAAUGGCUAACUUGAGUUACAGUAGACAUUCUUGUCAAAAUAAAAGAUGGCCAGAUCUCAAUUCUGGUAUUUUGUCCCUCUAGCCUCUAUGUAGUCUAAUAAACGGUACUGUGUCAUACUGGUGAUCAGAGAGAGCAAGGGGCUAAUCAACAACCCAAUCAAAACAUCACGGAAAUCAAUGUCCUUAUGGAACUACACGUUAAGGUUGCGUCCCAAAUGGUAGCCUAUUCCCUCUAUAGUCCAUAUGGCUCUGGUCAAAAGUAGUGCAUUAAAUAGGGAAUGCAUUAUGUAGAUGGUCAUUGACAGUAUUAUACUGCCAUAUGGAGGGAAGUAUUUGAUAUAUUGUGUAUAGUAAAUGUAUUGUGUCAAGUGCAUUAAAUUAUAUUUUCAUAUGUUUCUGGAGAA